AUGCUUUUUGUCCAAACAAUAGCACAAACAAUCAAAUUUGUUGGAUUCACUGUCGAACAUGCGAAGACUGGAUGCAUGCCGAAUGCAUCAACAACAACGUGUGCCCUCACGAUGGAAUAUAGUUGGUGUGAGGGCGUGACUUUUAUCAUUUUCCAACUUUUUGACGCUCCUCAACAGCCAAGAAACCAACCCACUUCAUUACGACCGCGACCUCUACCUUCGGCCCGUCUUCGCGACUACAGUUUGUGGCGCGCCAACAGCGCGAUUCUUAAGCGUUGCUAUGAAUUUGGCGGCCAUCGACAGCAGCAACCAAUCCUUAAAUGCGAGCCAAACAGCUAUGAACAAUUCGUUGAGGCUCCAAAAAGUGCCAUCAAUCCCGGCGUGAGUUUCGCUGCUACCCUCUGGCUGUCGGCGGAGCUUACAGAGGCGCGGGAGAUGCACUUUGGCAGGUCCCGCGGCGCAUCGAGAAUUGUCGGUGGCGUCGACGCAUACGAAAAUGAAAUGCCAUCUUCGGAUUGGGCGAACAGCCAUUGA